AAACACACCACCUCUCUUGUUAGACACCGAUAUUGAACUGAGUUGUUACAUUGGUCCAAGUCCAUGCAUUAUUUUGCAGGCGCUUACCAUGUCAAAUGCAAAUGAUUUUUUCAGCCUUGAGAGAUUAGAAACCAUUGGCGAUUCCUUUCUUAAGUAUGCUAUCACUGUUUACCUUUACUGUCAAUACCCAGGUAUCCACGAAGGAAAGUUAAGCUAUCUACGGGGUAAACAAGUAAGCAAUUAUAAUUUAUAUCGUCUUGGUCGUAAGAAAGGUCUUCCUGAGAGAAUGGUUUCGGCUAAAUUUGAACCUUACGAGAAUUGGCUCCCACCUGGUUAUGUUAUUAAUGAAGAUCGUAGGCGUGGCCCCGUACACAAAGUUCACAUUUCUUCAAGCAGCAACAAGCAGGACCCUUGUUCACCUGCGAAUCAGUGUGGAAGUGAAUCGGUCGAAGAAGAAAUUCUAUCGUCGUCUUUUAACAAUGAAAAAUUAUCGGCAAAUUUAAACAAUGGCAUGAUGAACUUCAUUGAAAACGACAAAAUUCCAAGUCAUGUACGAAAAGCAAAUUUAGAACAAUGGAAAUUCAACCAAGAACUGGAAGAAUUAAAACAGUCACAAGAACAAGAUGGUGUCAGUGGUUGUGGUAGUUCUACAAAUGAAAAGCCGCUUGUUCCAUAUAGCUUGCAAACGAUUCAUAGCAUUCCAGACAAGAGUGUAGCAGACUGUGUUGAAGCCCUUAUUGGUUGCUAUCUGACUUGCUGUGGGAAAAGAGCUGCUCUUCUUUUCAUGUCAUGGCUCGGUCUAAAAGUGCUCCCUCAAAAGCACAUUUUGCAGGAGCAAUAUGAUGAAAAUAUUACUGAACACCAACUGGAUGAGCUGGAAACUCCUCUCUCACCACUCCUCACUCAUACAAUUAAUGCUGAAGAAGUUCUUGAACGCUUACUUGAUGGCUAUGAAACUUUCGAGAAAGAGAUUGGCUACAAAUUCUCUGACCGAUCUUAUCUCCUACAAGCUUUCACACAUGCAUCAUAUCAUUAUAACACAGUGACUGACUGCUACCAGCGUCUGAAAUUUUUAGGGGAUGCAAUUUUGGAUUACGUGAUCACUCGGCAUCUUUACGAAGACUCUCAGCGUUAUUCCCCUGGGGUUCUCACCGACUUACGAUCAGCUCUAGUCAAUAACAACAUUUUUGCUGCAUUAGCUGUCAAAUGGAACUUCCAUAAGUUUUUCAAAGCCAUAUCUCCGGAACUGUUUAAUGUGAUUGAAAGGUUUGUUGCUCGCCAAAAGGAAAAGGAAGAUGAAAUAGAUUUUGAUGAAGAAUUCCAAGAUGAAGGAGAAGAACGUCCUGAUGAAGAAGUUGUUGAAAUGGAAAUUCCCAAAGCCCUUGGUGAUAUAUUCGAGUCUGUUGCUGGUGCUAUCUACCUUGAUAGCAACAGGUCUUUAGAUGUGGUCUGGAAAGUUUACUAUCGUAUAAUGAAGCCACAAAUUGAGAAAUAUUUGAAAAGUAUUCCAAAGUCACCUGUACGAGAAUUAUUGGAACUGGAACCAGAAACUGCUAAAUUUGAAAAACCAGAGAGGACGGUAAAUGGUAAAAUCCGAGUUACAGUCAAAGUUGCUGGUAAAGGUGUUUAUAAUGGUGUCGGACGGAAUUAUCGCAUUGCAAAGAGUGCUGCUGCCAAAAAAGCUUUGAGAAUCCUUAAAACUAUGCAGUCUCAGGGCUUCAUUGCUCAACUGUCAAAUGAAAAGAUGAUGCAAGGAUAACCUGGAUAGAUUGCUAAUCAAGGUACAUCUGUGAUUCCAUAAUCAGCCAUGCGUAUCACGGCAUGGCUGCAGAUCAUUGUUUCAACUACUUGGCACCGAGUGUAUGUGUAUAUAUUUGCUUAAUUUGUGUGUGUGUGUGUGUGUGUGUGUAUGUG